GCUGAUAGAUUUAGCAGGUUUCAUUCAACGUGCAUGCUUGUAUCACCAUGCAGGACGAGGCUGACGCACAUAAAAUGGCAUCCUUUACAUUGUUGGUAAUGCUGGUACUUCAGUUUGGAUUUGGACAAAGCUCUCAUAAACAUCUCCAUGAAGAUCAUCAUAUUGGCCAGCAGCACGACCCUGAACAUGACUUGAACAUCCUGCUGGGCGACGAGGACACAGACGAGAUAAAGAAACUUAGCCCAGCAGAACAAAGGAAAAAGAUGCUGGAAAUUGUCAAGCGGAUUGAUACAAAUGCCGAUAAUCAGCUAAAUGCAGAGGAGAUCACGCUAUGGAUUCAGCACGUCUAUAGAAAAUAUGCUCUGGAUGAUGCAAAGGAGCGGUUCCCUGAGUUUGACACUGACAAAGAUGGUGUUGUAACAUGGGAGGAAUACAACAUGGUCACUCAUGACCAGCUUUUUAGUUUUGAAGACGCUGUUCUGGAGGAUCCAGAGCAAGAGUCUCUCAGAAACCUGCACCUGAAGGAGAGGAAACGCUUUGACUUUGCUGAUGUGGACGGCACAUCUGGGCUUAAUGUGACAGAGUUUCUCGCCUUUACCCACCCAUCUGAAGUGGAUCACAUGGCUGAUUUUGCCAUUGAAGAUGUGUUAAAUGAAUAUGACACCGAUAAAGAUGGACUCAUCAAUCUGAAUGAAUUUAUUGGAGAUGUCCGUGGCGAGGAGGAUUCCCCUACACAGUGGGAGAUUGAAGAAACAGAGCGGUUUAAAGACCUCUAUGAUCAAGAUAAGGAUGGCCAGUUGAAUCGAGACGAGCAGCUCCGCUGGGUGGCCCCCAAUAGCUACGGCUCGGCAAGAGAAGAGGCUCUUCACCUCAUCAAGGAAAUGGACCACGAUGGAGACGGGCAGAUCUCCGAGGCCGAAGUCUUGAAAAAUCAAGAAACAUUCAUGAACAGUGAAGUGACAGACUAUGGCAGACAGCUGCAUGCGUCACAUGAUGAACUAUAACUAGACUUUAUGUUCUUGUUUUCUCAUUUGUUUUCAUGAAGAUGUAAUGUUUUUUAUUAUCUUGUACUUCGACAUUAGACAUGGAAUUUACAUCAUGGUUGAUCUUAUCCGUCAACAAGCGUUGGCAAUAUUAAUUGACAUGGACAUAAUAACAUGAAAACAUAUAUGAUAACACCAGUAGCACAAGGUUCCCACCCUUCCUUGAAAACAGUUAACAGGUUUUCAGUCAUAAUGUCCUACAAAAUUAUUUAAACAUUCUUUUAUUUACCGUCAGCUGACAAGUAACUCCUAGUCUAUCUCCCUGAUCUCCACAAAAUGCAUAACAUUUCCCUCUGAAAGGGCUUAACUUUUGAGAAUCAUAUCAACUGUUGAAUGGUAGUUUAUGGACAAGCUGUUGUUGAUUUAGUGGAAACACUGUAAACACCCCAGGUCAUGUCACAUAGUAGCCAUCAAUGCCAGUAGUCAGUAAUGCAGAUUACUACUGAAGUGGCCAAUACUCUAAUAUGUAGUGUAAGUUACGUUCUCCUUCGAAUGUUAAUACGAGUCCCUGCUGGCUGGUAAUUGUGGUCAUUUUGAUCAUAUAUUCAUUUAUAUUACUAUAUGAGCAAGGUGUCUUAAUUUCUAAGCACGUAAUCGAUGAUUUAAUUGCUAAGUUAUAGCCAUAUACUUUACAUCUUUUAGGUCAGACAUCCACAGAGAGAAACAUGUUAGUGUAUGGCAGGAUCCCUGUCUGUCAUAGCAGCUAGACCCUCACUGAAAAUGUCCUGGAAAAGUCCUGUCAAAUGUAGAAAGUCUAGAAACGAGUGGGAACCCUGACAGCACCAACACAAGUUGCACAACUCUUAAAUCAUCAUGAGUUUCCUUUCACAUGUGCCCAAAGUAAACUGACAAGAGUUCAUGUCCAGUUGUUGUAAUCCCUGAUAUGUUGCAGCUCUUCCUCAUUUAAAUAAAAAGAGUGUUGUGUUCGA